AUGAUUAAUGCUGGUCUUACUGUUGAUGGAACAGGCCAAAUAGAUGGCAACGGUGCUGCUUGGUGGAUUAAAACACCAAAUGAGUGUGCACCAGCAGUUAUUUCUUUCGACAAUUGCAAUAAUCUUAAUUUUCAUAGAAUCACUUCUUUAAAUAGUCCUGGAAAUCACGUAAGCGUGAAUAGGUGCAAGGAAGUGGAUAUAUCACAUAUUCAACUAAUUGCACCCAAAGAUAGUCCCAACACUGAUGGGAUUGACAUCUCCUCAUCCACUGCUCUUCGAAUUUCAGACUGUUUCUUUGGAACCGGAGAUGAUUGCAUAGCUAUCAAUGGCGGUUCCUCUCAUAUAAACAUCACCCCCCUUACAUGUGGACCAGGCCAUGGAAUUAGCGUGGGAAGUCUUGGAAAAAAUGGGAAAAACGAAACAGUGGAAUGGGUGCAAGUGGAGAAUUCUAUCUUCAAUGGAACUCAAAAUGGAGCUAGAAUCAAGAAAUGGGUGGGUGGUGCUGGAUUUGCAAGGGAUAUUUCCUUUGUUGGCGUUCAACUCAUAAACGCUGAAAACCCGAUCAUUAUUGACCAACACUAUUGUCCUCACCAAACAUGUCAACCUGAAGGGAAAACAGCAGUAAAGAUAAGCAAUGUGAGAUUUAGUGGAUUCGAAGGGACAUCCGCUACUGAGGUUGCUAUCAAACUGGAUUGCAGUAGUAUAGUUCCUUGCACUGGUAUCACUCUAAGCAACAAUAUGAUAACUUCAUCAACUCCUGGAAAGAAGGUAAAAGCUGAAUGCAAUAAUGCUCAUGUCUCUUCCACCUUAACAACUCCCUCAGUCACUUGCUUAACACCCAAACACAUAUCAGUUAUUACUCCAAAGCUUAAGGAAAGUACGUACGAGCAGUGAUCCAGAAUGUAUAUUUAUCAGCCUAAUUUAGAUAGAUAAAAAUUACUAUAUACUAUCAUUGAUGGACCUAUUACAUAUAUAUAUUGUCUUUGAUUAA